AUGUUUAAAUCUUUCCUCGGAGAUAUAACACCAUUGAACCCUCACUGGGAGAGAGUCAAGCUUGAUUCGGAGAAUUAUAUUAUUAAAUUCUGCCAGCUUUCUCAGAGAGCAGCUGAGAAGGUUAGGCAGUGUGACUUUACUUACUGCUGCGCAAUUGUUUAUCCCCAUGCGCCAUUGGAUAAGUUUAGGACUGUCAGUGACUGGGGUAAUUGGGUGUUUCCAUUUGACGACAGAUUCGACGAGGGUGAGCUGGGGACCGACGUCCAAGGCGCUCGCCUAGAGAUGGACAGCCUUAUGAGCCAUCUUACUGAGUCCAUGGAGCACUACCGUCAUGGCGUGCUUACCCAAGUGGGGCGAGCUGCUCGGGGCGACACGCCGAACAAGCUUGAAGAAAUGCUCAGGACGCGGACACAAUCUAUCGCCGGCUGGCCUAUGUAUGUCUUGGUGGAGUACGCACAUGGCCUCAACAUCCCGUCCGACGUGUUCGAGCAUGAAGUCAUCAAGGACCUACAGCAGCUUGCUUUCGAUAUGAUUGCUAUUUGCAACGACAUAAUCUCGUACCGCAAAGAGGAGAUGGAUGCUAUGCCUCAUAAUAUGGUCGCCAGAUGCCGCAUCAAUGGUCUAUCCGCGCAACAGGCAUUUGAGAUGGUCGGGACAAUGCUAGAUGGUCGCAUUGCGAGAUGGGACGAGUCUCUCUCGAGACUUCCUUCAUGGGGCAGCCAGGUUGAUCCCCAAGUCGAGGAAUAUAUCGAGGCUAUCCGCAACUUGGUUAGAGCGAACCUUCGGUAUAGUUUCCGAGGAGAGCGGUAUUUUGGCAAGGAAGCUGCUGAGGUACAGAAGACAAGACAGCUCGUGGUAUGCGCUUAUCCACCGUACCAGAACGUAUGA